AUGAAAACUGUUGAUAAAUCAAAUGAUCCUUUAAUUUCAAAUAGUUUUGUAACAUGUUAUUCGGAUUAUCUUGUUAUACAUUUAUAUUAUUUUCCAUUUGGUAAUAAAAAAAUAAAAUAUAGUGAUAUUCGAUCAUGUGAAUUUUAUUCAACAGAUGAUCUUGGCAUGUUCUCAUAUAAAUUAUGGGGAAUGUCACUUACACCUGUUUGGUGGCAUUGUGAUAUGAAACGUUUUAUGCGAAAAAAUUACAUUUUAUUAGAUACAAAUCAUUGGCCUCUUAUCGGUCUAACUAUGGAUGAUAAUGAUCUAAUUAAUGUUUAUCAUUUAAUCAAACAAAAAAUGUCUUUUAAUCAAUCGAAUAUUUAUAACGAAAAGUUAAUUUAUGAUUCAUCAAAAAUUAUUUCUCAAAAAAAAACUUGA